AUGGCCUCUAUUCGCGUUCUUUCCUUCGAUGCUGAGGGCCGUCCCGUGCAGUUCACUUCCUGGCUCGAUGACCUGCAGUUGUAUCUUAUGAGCAAUAGCACGGACCACAUCUCCCUCUAUGACUACGCGUCUGGUGCUGCCGCUGCUCCUGCUGCCACAGCCGAGCUUAGUGUACGUUCACAGUGGCAGACUCGUGACGCUGCAGCUCGCCUGGCUAUUCGCAGUCACCUGCCGUUAGCUGAGCUAGAGCACUUUGGCGACUGCAAAACCGCUAAGGCCCUAUAUGACGCUGUCGUUGCUCGCUACUCCUCACCUGCCACAGCCGAGCUUAGCCGUCUCAUGCUGCCUUACCUGUUCCCUGACCUGUCCACCUUUGCUACAGUCGCCGAUCUUAUCACCCACCUUCGCACUAGUGAUGCUCGCCUGCGUGCCGCCCUUCCCACCGAGUUCUGCGCUAAGAACCCCCCUCCCCUGUACUGGACACUCCACUUCAUAGUCACCCGUCUCCCUGACACCCUCAGCUCAGUGCGCGACUAUUUCCUUGCUCGCUGUCCCACUGAGCUCACUGUCGCCCUCCUAGAGGAGAAGCUGCUAGCAGCCGAGAAGAGCAUUGUGGCUGUUGGUGCUGCUCGCGGCGCUCCUCGCACCCCCAUCUUUGAGGGGUGCUCUCCCUCUCCCCUCGCUCCCUCCUAUGCUACUGCUGCUGCUGUUGACUUCCUUGGUGCUGAGUCUGCUGGCGCUGCUUCUGCUCCUGGUGGGAGGCGCCGCACCGGCAAGGGCAAGGGGGGCAAGGGUGGCGGGGGUGGCGCUGGGGGGGGAGGGGGUGGGGGAGGUGGGGGGGGAGGCGGUGCUGGAGGGAGCGGUGGCGGGAGUGCCGGUGGGAGUGGGGCCGGCGGCGGAGGCGGGGGCGGCGGCGGGAGCAGUGGCGGUGGUGGCAGCGGCGGCGGUGGCGGCGGUGGCGGUAGUGGCGGUGGCGGUGGCGGUGGUGGCGGUCGGAGCGGAGGUAGUGGCGGCGGUGGAGGUCGGAGUGGAGGCACCGGCUCGGGCCAGAGCUCCCAGCAGCAGCAGCGUCCCCAGUCGACCCAGCAGCUUCGUGAGUGGCUUGCUCAGCGUGGGACGUCGGGGGGCAGUGGCCGCUGUUCCUAUGUCAUUCGCACAGGUGAUCGCAAGGGGCAGACGUGUGGAAAGUUCCACACUCAGUACCGCUGCUUCUUCCGCCUUGACGACGCUUGGCGUGAGGAGAUGGGCGAGGAUGUUGAGCGCCCUCGCUGGGCUGAGCUGAUGAGGGCUGGUGUUGAUAUCUUUGCUCUUGACUAUGAUGCUAUUAUUGCUGCCAUGUAUGCAUUGACUGUUAGUGCCGAGGGAGACUGUUACUUGUGUGUGCCGCCUGACCCAGGUAUAGAGCCCGCUGCCCUAGGUGCUAGUGAGUCUGCUCUCUCUGGUAUGGUGCCCCCUGUACCUGCUCCCUCCAGUGCUGUCCCGGCUGUUUGCGAGUCUGCUCUCUCAGGUACAGCACCCACAGAGACUGCUCUCUCAGGUACCGCACCGGCUGAGGCCUGUCACACCUUCACCCUUGACUCAGUCCUUGCACAGUCCACCACUGUGCUCCCUUGUCCGGCGGUUCCGUCUGGCUCGUUGACAGGUUUCCACCUCCCCUCGUUCUCGACGAACCUGGUGAGCAACGCUGUCCUCCAGGAUCAGUGGGUUGACACCUUUACCCCUGGAGGACAGCGUGUGGCGAUCUGCACGUGCUCCAGGACCGGCCGUCACCUGGCUACGUUUACCCGUCGGCCGGGGUCGAGUCUCUACACACUGUCCACUGCGUCUCCUCAGGUCGCUGCUGUCGGUCAGGUGUCUGCGUCAGGUCUGGUAGCCCACGCCUGGCGGCAGCGCGCCGCUCCUCACUCCUCCUCGUUCCCCCCGACAGAGGCUCCUCUGCAGACCCUCCACCUGGACGUGUGGGGCCCAGCCCGCGUUCGUGGUCAGGGCGGUGAGCGGUAUUUUUUGCUGGUUGUCGACGACUACUCGCGUUACACCACGGUCUUCCCCUUGCGCACCAAGGGUGAGGUCCCUGCUGUUCUGAUCCCUUGGAUCCGCACAGUUCGUCUCCAGCUCCGCCGCCGUUUCCGGACGGAUCUUCCUGUCCUGCGUCUGCACUCUGACAGAGGUGGUGAGUUCUCCUCCGAUCUCUUGAGGACCUUCUGUCAGGCGGAGGGCAUUGAGCAGACCUUCACGCUUCCGGACUCCCCACAGCAGAAUGGGGUUGCUGAGCGCCGCAUUGGCCUGGUCAUGGAGGUCGCUCGUACCUCCUUGGUCCACGCGGCGGCUCCCCAUUUUCUGUGGCCGUUUGCUGUCCGGUACGCCGCGCAUCAGCUCAACCUCUGGCCCCGUGUCUCCUUGCCGGAGACCUCGCCCACACUGCGUUGGACGGGGGAGGUUGGCGAUGCGUCGCGCUUCCGGGUGUGGGGUGCUCGUGCCCUUGUCCGCGAUACGUCCGCGGACAAGCUCUCCUCCCGCACGCUUCCCUGUGUCUUCCUUGGCUUUGUCCCUGACGCGCCUGGCUGGCAGUUUUACCACCCCACCUCGCGCCGGGUCUUCGCCUCUCAGGAUGUCACCUUUGACGAGUCGACCCCCUUCCCCCUCAGGGUCCUGCUCCUUCAGGUGUCUCUCAGGUAG